AUGCGUGACUUAAGAUUUUUCUAUCUUGGGCUCUUGCUCAUUUCAAUUGCAAAUGUCUGCUUAUCAGAAGAUGAUUCUAAAAAGUCAGCGGAUGAAGCCAAGAAAGGUUUUGACGAUGCAGUUGGGGAAUCCAUGAAAGGUUUUGGCGAUUUCUUCAAAGGUUUUGGUGAUAAUGCUAAAGAUAAAGCUGAAGAUGGCAUGGAUUUCUUGAAAGCUCUCUCUGAGGGAGCCAAAGAAAAAUCUGAAGAUGCCGCCGAGAGCAUGAAAGGUUUCGCUGAAAAUGCAGCAGGUUCAAUGAAAGGAUUCGGUGAAGGUGCAGCUAGCUCGAUGAAAAGUUUCGCCGAGGAUAUGGGUGAUCGCAUGAGCAAGGCAAAAGAAAAGCUACAAGAGCAUGGUGAGAAAAUGAAGGAAAGUGUGGGCGAAGCAGCUCAGAAUACCAUGAAGGGAUUAGAAACAGCAGCUUCAGAAAUUUCGAAGCAUGCCGUGGGUGCUGGGGAAACAGUUUUCAAGAUGUUCGGAUGA